AGGAAACGUCAAACAAAAUAAUAACCUCAAUACCAACACAACAAUUCACUGCAUUAUUUUCUCUGUCUACUGUGGUUUUCCAGUACAAUAUAUACUUUGUUUCGUUUGUGAAUGGAUUUGUGAAUAUACCUAUGAAAAUGGACGGCCCGCCUGGUACAGGACCGACAAAUAAUAAUGGAUCGAUGCCACCGCCGGGUAUGGGAAAUUAUCCCCCUAUGCCGCCGCCGCCGCCGGGAGCUAUGCCACCUCCACCGAUGGCGCCAGUCGGUGUGAUGCCUCCUGUAAGCUCCGCUAGUGGGCCUCCCAAUAUGCCUGGUGGACCACCAGGUCCUCCUAACAUGCCGCCGCCUGGUAUGCCCCCGCCGCCAGGUAUGAUGGGAAUGGGCCCUCCACCUCCAGGAAUGGGCCCUCCACCUCCAGGGAUGGGCCCUCCACCACCAGGAAUGGGCCCUCCACCGUCAGGGAUGGGUCCUCCACCGUCAGGGAUGGGUCCUCCACCUUCAGGGAUGGGUCCUCCACCACCAGGGAUGGGUCCUCCACCGCCAGGUAUGGGCCCUCCACCACCAGGGAUGGGCCCACCACCGCCAGGGAUGGGCCCACCACCGCCAGGAAUGGGCCCACCACCUCCAGGAAUGGGUCCUCCACCUCCAGGAAUGGGCCCUCCACCACCACCUGGGAUGGGACCCCCUGGUAUGGGAAUGGGUCCUCCACCCAUGGGUCCACCAGUAAUGGGCCCACCACGAAUGAUGAUGCGUGGUGGUAAUAUGAAAGGAAACUUUGGAAAUCAAGCCAUGGAUAUGGGCCCCCCUGGUAUGGGGUCUUGGGAAGGCCAAGGCCCUCCUGUUUGGGGAAGGCCAGGACACAGCGAUGCUCCACCGGGAUGGGAUGAAGAAGGAGAGGAAGUGGAGGAACCUGAGGAAGAGAGUGAAGACCAAGAUCAAAUGCAACCCCCACCGGCACUUCCUUCAUUGUUGACAAUGAAGAUUGAUACACCUGAGGAGUUUCGUAACAAGCCACCUGCGGUGGGUGGGGUUGUGUUACCAAAGGCAUUGGAAGAGGCUCUUGCUUACAAGGAUCAAAGACAGGCUGCACUGGGUGAUGAAGAUGGAGAAAAGGAGUCUGAGGUAGAACCAGAACCAGAAGCUCCCCCGGCCCCAGUGAUCAGCACUGAGUAUGAUGCUGAAGAAGACGAAGGAGACUCGGAUGAGGACAAUAUUCCUGAUGCCCCACAGCCACCUGUUAUUUCGAAACAAGAGGGUGCAAACAAAACAAACAAGAAUAAGCGUAAGAAAAAGAAGAAGAAGGUGGCGCGGCAGAAGAGGCGUGAGCAGCGAGAUGAGAUGACUAAGAAGAGGGAUGAAUCCUCCAUUGAUGAUGGCAAGAAGACCAGUGAUAAGGAGAAUGAAAAAGAGGCUGACAUAGAAUAUGUGCAAGAGACCAUCCACUUCCACGAACUAGAGCCGAUGUACCGGCAGUUCCACCGGGUGCUGGAGGCGUUCAAGAUCACGGAGAAGAAGGAGGAAGUUAAAGAGGAGAUGGACACGGACAGCAAGCCUGCUGCCAAAGUGCAGGAGAAGGUGCAAGACCAGUUCGCCGCCGAUGAGGAGGCUGUCGAGAAAAACGCGGCCGAUGAAAAGGAACGCCUCUCGAAGCGCAAGUUGAAGAAGCUCUCGCGUCUGUCUGUCGCUGAGCUGAAACAGCUGGUGUCGCGGCCGGACGUGGUGGAGAUGUAUGACGUCACAGCCCGCGACCCCAAGCUGCUGGUGCAGCUGAAGGCGCACAGGAACACGGUGCAGGUGCCGCGACAUUGGUGCUACAAGAGGAAGUAUUUGCAAGGCAAGCGUGGUAUAGAGAAACCGCCGUUCGACCUGCCGGACUUCAUCAAGAAGACGGGCAUCAUGGAGAUGCGCGCUUCGCUCCAGGACAAGGAGGAGACCAAGACCCUCAAGGCCAAGAUGCGCGAGCGCUCGCGGCCCAAGCUCGGCAAGAUCGAUAUCGACUACCAGAAGCUGCACGACGCAUUCUUCAAAUGGCAGACGAAGCCCCGCAUGACGAUCCACGGGGACCUGUACUACGAGGGCAAGGAGUUCGAGACCAGGCUGCGCGAGAAGAAGCCUGGAGACCUGUCGGAGGAGCUGCGCACAGCACUCGGCAUGCCCGUGGGGCCAGGCUCGCACAAGGUGCCGCCGCCGUGGCUGAUCGCCCAGCAGCGCUACGGGCCGCCGCCGUCGUACCCCAACCUGAAGAUACCGGGGCUCAACGCGCCCAUCCCCGAGGGCUGCGCGUUCGGCUACCACGCCGGCGGCUGGGGCAAACCACCCGUGGACGAGACCGGCAAGCCCUUGUAUGGAGACGUGUUCGGACACCAGAGUCAGGGGCAGGAUGACGCAGAGGACCAAGACAUCGAUAGGACGAUGUGGGGAGAACUAGAAUCCGAGUCUGAGGAGGAAUCCGAGGAAGAGGAGUCAGGCGAGGAAGGUGAGAAGGUCGGCGAGGGCGACGUGGCGGCUGGCGUAGCCACCCCCGGGGAGGGGCUCGUGACCCCGCUAGGGAUCAGCUCCGUGCCGCCCGGCCUCGAGACACCCGAUACCAUCGAGCUGCGGAAGAAGAAGGUUGAUACCGACACCGAAGGCGGAGACACCCCCGCCCUGUACCAGGUGCUGCCGGAGCGCCGCGUGGGGCUGACGGCGGGCAUGAUGGCCUCCACGCACGUGUACGACAUGAGCGCCGCCGCCAACCCAGGCAAGCGCGCAGUAGCCGCGCCGGCGGGGGCGGUGAGCGAGGGCGGCGCGGCGGGCGCGGGCGGCGUGGAGGUGGCGCUGGACCCGUCUGAGCUGGAGCUGGAGCCCGAGGCCGUGGCGGCGCGCUACGAGCGGCACCUGCGCGAGACGCGUCCGCGUGCGAAGGAGGACCUCUCCGACAUGCUGGCUGACCACGUCGCACGACAGAAGAAUAAGAGAAAACGCCAGCAAAACACUGAUUCCAAACAAGCGAAGAAAUACAAAGAGUUCAAGUUCUAGAAAGAAAAUAUUUAUAGUAUUAGUUAUAAGUAUUUUAAGAGUUAAUGUAACUUACGAGUUUCCAGCUGGUGUUAACUAUAAAUUAAGUAAAUGAAA